CUGAACCUGCAGACCUCUUGAAGGUAUUAGAUUUUCAUAAUUUACCUGAUGGUAUAACAAAAACAACAGGGUUUUGCACAAGCAGAAGAUCUUCAAAAGAAGCAGACGUUGCUUACAGAGUAACGAAAGAUGCUCAGCUCAGUGCACCCACAAAGCAGCUGUAUCCUGCUUCCCCAUUCCCAGAGGACUUCUCCAUUCUAACCACUGUAAAAGCGAAGAAAGGAGGUCAGUCCUUCUUGAUCUCAAUUUACAAUGAGCAAGGGAUCCAGCAAAUUGGUGUGGAGAUGGGUAGAUCUCCUGUAUUCCUGUAUGAAGACCAUACAGGAAAGCCAGGCCCAGAAGACUAUCCUCUCUUUAGAGGCAUUAACCUAGCAGAUGGCAAGUGGCACAGAGUAGCUCUCAGUGUGCAAAAGAAAAACGUCACCUUGAUUUUGGACUGUAAAAAGAAGAUAACCAAGUUCUUGGACAGAAGUGACCAUCCCAUCAUCGAUGUCAAUGGCAUUAUUGUGUUUGGAACAAGGAUAUUGGAUGAGGAAGUCUUUGAG